AAAAAAAAAAAAAGAAGCCCAGCCUUCCUGUUUCUUUAAAGCCGCUCAUCGGCGCGGCGGGCCGGCUGCAGGCGCUGGGAGGCAGGCUGCGGGGAGCCGCGGACGCACGGACACACGGACGGAGCCCGCUGCGGCGCAGAUGGGCAGCGGCGAGGCGGCAGCAACAGCAGCAGCGGAGCGGCCGAGCGGGCGGCGCUGAGCGCUCCGCGCCAUGCGGAGCACGCCGCUGACCGAAGGCGAGCCCUGGCCGCGCCUGUGCCCCGCCGAGCUGGGGGGGCUGCGGCGGCUGCGGCGCAAGCACGGCUGCAAAAGUUUCCGCGUGGAGCUCAAAGUGCUCAGCGGGAGGAGGACGGGGCUCCGCGCCCCGCACCACAACCACAGCCACCCCGCGCCGCCCCCCGCCGCACCGCCGCCCGCCUGGCAGCCGCGCAGCGCCGCGAUCGCCGCCAGCGCCUUCCCCGCCGCCCCGCCGCCGCCGCCGCCGCAGCAGCCGCCGCCGCCGCCGCCGCCCGCCGCCUCCCCGCGCCCGCGGCCGGGCGAGGCGUCCGGAGUCUCUCCGGAGAUCAAAGCCCUGCAGCAGACGCGGCGGUUGUUGGCCAACGCCCGGGAGAGGACCCGCGUCCACACCAUCAGCGCCGCCUUCGAGGCGCUGCGCAAGCAGGCACCCUGUAACAGCUCACUGACAAAGAUGUGCUGUCACACUAUGCAAGCCCAGCUGUCCCAGCUUUUCUGCCUUUCCAGGAUGCUGCUGGGACUAUCCCAGGUGUGUAGACAGGAGGAGGUGCACAGGGCUUGGAGGCUGUGAGCUGCAAAUGGAUCUAAUGGUGAGUGAUGCUGGGCAUCACCUCUCCCAGGAUGGUCCCUCCAGCCCAGUGGGAGCAGCACGGGGCUCACACACUCAGACUUUUGGCUACCAUCUUUCAGACAUUACUUAUCCAACCCAUUCCCUAGGGGACUUUAAGACUCAAUCCUGAUUCCUGCUUAGAGGAGCUCUGCUUGUUCCCAUCUCCUGCAUGAUGCCCCUCUCAGUGACUGCUGUGUGUUGGGUAGCUGCACCCCAAGAGUUAAUCCUUCCCUGUCAUCUGCUGCAGACUUCCAUCCCCAACCUCAGCUAAGACUAGGACUGUAUGUCAGAAGGGAAUUGCCAACGAGCAUCUAAAUCAGAGCAUUUUAAAUCACCGCACGGUGGUGGGAUCUGACAGCUUCUGUUAUAAUCACGGUAAUCCAGCCCAUGCUGGAUGCUGUCCCUCCGGUGCUGAGAGGCUGUCCCUUGUAGAUGCAAACUCCAGACUUGAUAUAUCUUGUUUCUUUAAGCUGCUUCCAUAUCUUGGUUGUUUGGCGACUGUGUAACACGCUUGGAAGUGUCAGCCUAAUUCUCCAUGGACAGACAUCUACACCACCAAAACCGCAAGGGGAAGUAGCACUGAUUUCCCAAAUCACUGGCAAUCCUGUUCCAGGCUGAGCCUCAAGCAGAAGUCAGGCAAGCAACAAAUUAAAGCAGCACUCUUUUGGGAAAUGGGCAACUCUUGAAAAGCCUCAGAUUCCUGGCCUUGGCCCUGCCUUCAUAAAUCAUUUCAGCCUUGGACUCAGCUGGGAGCACAAAGAGCCUGGAGAACAAGUUGCUGUCCUCUCUUCCCAUGAAAGCCGUUCUCCAGGGUCAGCACAGGAGCAUACAGGCAGAGCUGUAUUCACGCUGCAGAGAGAAAGGAAUCAUUCUCUGGGAAACGCUUGCUGCGAGGUCUUCCUAGCAAUUUGCUGAGGGGUGGGCUGGCUGUCCCCACCAUCAUUGGAUGACAUUUGCAUUCAUUUCUUGUUGGGCUGCCAGCGGCGUGCUUGGUGCUGUACGUGACAUCAGGUGACAGUCAGCUUCAUGGAACAUACGCACGGCGCUGGCUUGUCACUCAAAUCAUUCACACCGGUGCUGGCGGAAAGGGUCUGUGAGGAGCGGUUUGGAUCGGAUC